CUCGCAACAGCACGGACGUGUCGUUCGUGGCUCUUGGUUAAACCGAUCGGACCAGCACAGCGAACGGAAGCAUCUAACGGAACCGUACAAAAAGCGGGCAUCAGCACCAUCGGAGCAGAGAGAAAGUGUCAACAAGAAAGUGGCAUUCCAACGGGGAGAUCCCGGAGCAAAUCAAGUAAUCAAGUGCGAACAAGUGUGUGUGUGUGUGUGCGCGUGUUGAAAGAGGAAUCCCGAUAAGAUCGGCAUUUGUGUGCACCCCCUGCCACAUAACACAAAAAAAGAAGAAGCACACAAAAAUUUGUGAAAUUCCGUGCUGAUUCCGUGUGUGCGCACGUAAGAAAGGCGUAGUACACAAGUGGCAAUCACUUGGCCAAGUGGCGUGUGUUUUUGUAUAGCAACAGGUACAGCCGGAAUCGGCGGCACGGAGCAGCACGACGCGACAACAUGAUACACGUAGGUGACAAUACCUGGAACCUGAAGGUCUACAUUACCGACCUUCAGGUGCAGAAAACGCUGCGUGUCCGGGGCGAUCUGCACAUCGGCGGUGUAAUGCUGCGUCUGGUCGAUCCAGAAAAUCCGAAAGAUUGGUCAGACCACGCACUCUGGUGGCCGGCCCGGAACCAAUGGCUAACGCGUACCAAGUCAACCCUCGACCAGGUGGGUCUACAUGCGGACGCCGUCCUGCACUUCACGCCGAUGCACAAAACGUUGCGAGUUCAGAUGCCGGAUCUGCGAUAUUUAGACUGCCGUGUUGAUUUCUCGAUCAAAACGUUCGGUGCGGUUGUGGCACUGUGCAAGGACCUUGGCAUUAGACAUCCGGAGGAGCUAUCGCUAUGCAAACCGCUAGAACCGAUGCAUUUGAAGAAGAACUAUGCCGAUUUGGCCAAAAAGAAGAUACCGAUCGAACAGAAUGGCAACGGGCGUGACUACAUUCAUCUGCCGCCGGACACAAACACCUUCAUCCCGGGGACCGCACACAACCUGAACGGCAGCAAUGGCAGCCUGGACGAUACAGUCAACCGCGGCCCAUUCUCGUGUGCUCCCGUACCGAAUUCCCAUUUCUCCACACCCAAACCGGCCUUACAAAGCACUCCGAUCAGUUCGCCGACUGGUACAUUGCGACACGGACACGGAUCAGGCUUUAGUGAGUCGUCGUCCAGCAUCGGCGAUACGACGGAUAGUUUGGCGUACAGUCCCUGUGCACCGAGUCCCGAAGCUCGGUCUCGCUUGCUGAAGCCGAAAUCGUUGGUCGAGCGGGCACGCAUGAACAUCGGUUGGCUUGACUCCUCCCUGUCCAUCAUGGAGCAGGGCAUUCGGGAGUUUGAGACGCUCUGUCUCCGCUUCAAGUACUACACGUUCUUCGACCUGAACCCAAAGUACGACCAGGUGCGCAUCAAUCAGCUGUACGAACAGGCCAAAUGGCAGCUGCUGAACGAGGAGAUCGACUGUACCGAGGAGGAGAUGCUGAUGUUCGGUGCGCUGCAGCUGCAGGUGAACAAACAAAACGAAGUACCGCAGGCCGACUCCGGUAUCGACACGUCCAGCCUGGACAAUGCGGCUGAUGACGAUGUGGAUGCGGCACUGCGCGAACUGCAGAUCACGCUCGAAGGGCCCAGCAAUGGUGUGAAUGCAGGCGACAUUACGCAUAUUCCGGAGCUGACCGACUAUUUGCGCUUUUUGAAACCAAAAAAGUUCACCCUGAAGGGUUACAAGCGUUACUGGUUCACGUACAAGGAUCUACAUCUGCAUCUGUACAAAUCGCGGGAAGAUUCCCGCACGAACAGUCCGCCCCAGGUGACGAUCAAUCUGCGCGGUUGCGAGGUAACGCCCGAGGUGAAUUUGUCGCAGAAGAAGUUCAACAUCAAGCUGGAGGUACCGCUCGAGCAGAGCAUCAACAGCGAAAUGUGGAUCCGGUGUGACAAUGAGGAACAGUACGCCAAAUGGAUGGCCGCAUGUCGGCUCGCGUCGAAGGGUCGAUCGCUUGCGGACAGCUCGUACGACAGUGAGGUGGCCAGCAUUCGGUCGUUCCUGAGCAUGCAGAAACCGGCGCAGGUGCCCGCGAUCAACAUUAACCCGACCGAAAUCGACGCGAACGAGUAUCUCGCUCCACGGUACGCUAAGAAGCUGAAGAACAAGGCCAUACACCGCAUGCUGGAGGCACACGCGAACGUGAAGGAUCUGCCGCUGGUGGAGGCGAAGCUGAGCUACAUCCGGGCAUGGCAAAGUUUGCCCGAGUUCGGUGUGACACUGUUCGUGAUCAAGUUCGAUGGGCACAAGAAGGAGGAGCUGCUCGGUGUGGCUAGCAAUCGUAUCAUGAAGAUGGACAUUACGACCGGCGAUCAUCUCAAGACGUGGCGGUACAACACGAUGAAGGCCUGGAACGUGAACUGGGAGAUUCGGUGCAUGAUGGUACAGUUCCAGAAUGAAACGGUCGUGUUUUCCUGCUUGUCGGCGGACUGCAAAGUGAUACACGAGUUCAUCGGUGGCUACAUCUUCAUGUCGAUGCGUUCGAAGGAAACGAACCAAACGCUCAACGAGGAACUAUUCCACAAGCUAACGGGUGGUUGGAACUAGAGAAGAGAUGGCCGCUUCGUGCCUUCUUCCCAACACAAACAAACACAGUAUCAGCUGCAGCGAUGCUUCGGAAUGAAUUUUCUUGUUUCGUGUAUCAUUUCACGUUCGUUUUCUUUUUAAUUCUUGUUGUACUGUACAUAACAUUAGCGAUAUAGUUUAGUUUACUGUAAUCGUACCCAUCCUUUCCCUAGGAAGAUUGGCGCAACAUCAGUUCGGUGUUGAUUUUUUUAAUUCAAAUUUUUGUUUAACCUGCUGUUUUUGAUCGUAGCUUUGCCUUCCCUCCCAUUUGCGUUGUGGGCAUCACAAUCGCUGUUUAUCUGUUUUCCAACCCAUCGGUUACUAUUUCCCAAACAUCCAAAUUUCUGUGUAGCAGCAGAAGCAAAACCAAUUCAAUUUAGAUAUGCACCCCGUUGGAGGUACCGAAGUUUUGGGACCCCUGAACUAGUGUGCAAUUCUUAGGAAAACUAUCGAAAGCAACUAAAAUGUGAGCAAGAAGCGAGAACAAUCAGAUGCCUUACUUAUUAAUAAUUAGAAACGAGUGGAAAGUAUUUGAACGGCACGAAUGCGCAAAGGGAAAUUCCAGCAGCUCCAGACGUGAAGAGGGGAGUGUUGGUUCUAACUUAUGGCAAUCGUACGAUAGCUUAUCUGGGGAUAACCAGAACUUUGUCUUCCCCGCUUUUUCGCGCACGAUAAUCAAUCAGUGUCCAAACAAGAAAACAAGGUGCCUAUGCAGAAGAACGAUUUACAAGCAGCAGUGGAUUGAUCGCACGUGUUAUCAUCAUGCAAAUGCUUUUGCAAACGUUCGUACCGUAACGACGACGGUUAUUCGUUUGUUGUGUUUUAGAAUUUGUCUGUAAUAUGAGUUUUGUCCGCCCGUAUUUAGUCGAGUAUUUUAACCGCUAUUUUACUGGUUAACACACAAAACUUCUUAGCGUGGAAAUCAAUGUCUUGAGAAUAUAAUGCCCCGUAUAAAGUUACACCAUGUCCUUUCCCACACUACUUAACCCACGCUCACGGAUUUUGUUGUGACUGUUAGCGAACAAACAAACAAAAAACCCCUACGCAUGAUACGUGGUGAAAUGAUUUCAAAACUUACACUAGCACAAACUAAUUCGCCAUCCGUGGUUAUGGCCAGGUGGGCAUCACCGACAACCGUACGCGUGUUUGAGGUGUAGGCGUACUUUUUUAUGUAUUCGUUUUUUCGUCGGCAAACAUGUUAGGACUAAUUUUACUGUUGUACUGAAGUAAUAAAUUCGAUUAACAAUUAAUAACGAUA